CCAACACUUACAACUCGUACACUUUGUUGAUAGCAGGCCAUCGUUUAAAAGAAGGAUUCAUUGGGGGAUGAAAUGCUUCAUAAAUGCAGGCUGUGCAUUUACCGCUCAAGUGAGGAAAAGUCUUUGUCUGUGUCCAGCACAUGACCGACCAAAGCAACUGCUCGCUCUUAUCAUCCUUGGACCCUCUUCAGCCUGAGUGCUGCCACCUGUCGAGAUACACCCCGCCCUCCCUCCUUUUCCACCCAACACCUCUUUGGUCUCCAUUUGUUCUACUCUUUGCGGUGUCUCUUAACAUUUUGCUUCCCUUGUUUUUACUAUCUUCAGAUUCUCUCUCUGGACUUCACAAUAACGAGAGCAAACAUUUCUAGAAUGCACCGCACUCUCCUUACCUGCUGAUGUGUGACCUUGUUGAAUUGCAGUAGGCGUGUUUGUUUUACUCUCCUGCCGCUCCCAGUACACACACCUCCGCUAUAACACCCCGCAUAACGCAGAACGCAAGGGCUGUUUUACCGAACGGACGAAUGGACAGUUUGUCGAUUUGCCCAAAAGACGAGAGGUAUUGAUGCUCAGAGCGUCUGCAACGAACAGCCGCGCUCACGCACGUGUGCGUGGGCGGAUGGCACCAACCAUCCACGCGGCUCCUUAGUCAUCGGCACGGCGAGCUUAUUUACAUUUACCACAACAUUUCCUAAGCACACUCUGACCCAGAAGGAGAACUUCACAGGAGUGGACGUCUUGUUCGCAGGAGCGAAGCACCAGGAAUGCAGACAGAUACGGGUGACUUCACCUGGAGCAGCCUGUCGGGGCGGAGCGUGCGCCUGUCGCCGGUCGCCAUCCAGAACCUGUCGGAGCUGGAGAGGGCCAGGCUGCAGGAAGUAGCCUACACCCGGCUGCACCAGGACUACGACCUGGGGUGUCAGAUCACCAUGCCAAAAGACGGACAGAAGAGGAAAAAGUCGCUGAGGAGGAAGUUGGACUCGCUAUCAAAAGAGAAGAGCAAAGAUAAAGAAUGCAUACCCCAAGCCUUCAGCAUAGGGCUACCCCAGGUCAUCGCCAAUGACAGAACACACAGGCAGCGUCAGGACGGCUACCGCCAAGACCCGCCGCAGCGCGAGGAGCACAAGGACUCAUCCGACCUCGUUUCGUCCAUCCUACAGUUUGCCACCAAGCGGCCGUCCAACAAGGAGCUGUCCAGCAGUAACUCCUCUCUGAGCUCCACGUCGGAGACCGCCAACGAAUCCACGUCGCCCAACACGCCCGAGGCCGCGCCCCGAGCACGCAGGAGGGGAGCCAUGUCGGUGGACUCCAUCACGGACCUGGACGACAACCAGUCGCGCCUGCUCGAGGCCCUGCAGCUCUCCCUGCCGGCCGAAACGCCCAACAAAAAGGAGAAGCACCGGGACAAGCGGCUGAGCCUCAACCCCAUCUACCGCCAGGUGCCCCGAGUGGUCGACAGCUGCUGUCAGCACAUCGAGAAAUACGGUCUGCAGACUGUUGGGAUCUUUCGAGUGGGAAGCUCCAAGAAGAGAGUCCGACAGCUACGCGAGGAGUUUGACCGCGGCAUCGACGUCCAGCUGGACGAGGACUACAGCGUGCACGACGUGGCUGCUCUGCUGAAGGAGUUCCUCAGGGACAUGCCCGACCCUCUGCUCACCAAGGAGCUCUACACAGCCUUCAUCAACACCACAUUGUUCCGUGACCCGGACGAGCAGCACGCUGUCACUCAGCUGCUGGUCUACCUGCUCCCAGCAUGCAACAGUGACACACUCCACCGCCUCCUGGAGUUUCUGUCCACUGUUGCUGACCACGCCCACGACCGGCAGGACAAGGACAGACAGGAGGUCACGGGGAACAAGAUGACGUCUCUGAACCUGGCCACCAUCUUUGGCCCCAACCUGCUGCACAAGCAGAAGAGCUCGGACAAGGAGUUCAGCGUCCAGAGCUCGGCCCGAGCCGAGGAGAGCACGGCCGUCAUCGCUGUGCUGCAGAGGAUGAUCGCCAGCUACCAAACACUCUUCGUGGUGCCUCCUGAUCUCCAGAACGAGGUUUUGAUGAACCUGUUGGAGACGGAUCCAGACGUGGUCGACUACCUUCUGAGAAGAAAAGCCUCACAGAGUCCCGACCUGUUGCAGUCAGAGGAGUCCUUCUCCCUCGGCGAGCGGCGCUCCUCCAGCGACUCCAACAAGGUGUCCAGCGGCGAGGUGUCGCCCUACGACAACAACUCCCCGGUCCUGAGCGAGCGGAGGGGCGGGGAACCGGGGAGCCCGGGCGGCGAGUCGCUCUUCUGCGUCCCGGAGCAGUACGCCCUGGUGGGGCAGGUGGCCGGCUGGAGCAGAGAGCCCGGCGCCGACACGUGGGGAAGCAAAGACGCUAUAUCAGAAGAGCACGCUAACAUUUGGGGAACGUGGCACACGACGCUUAAACCGACACAUAAGGACCACGGAUACACAGGUUCCCAUGGCAACGUGUCAGAGGGAAGCUCUCGCAGCUCGCAGGAAGGUCUCGACGGACUCCAUGGCGACGGGCGGCAGCAAGCAACGCUGCGGCGAACAGAGACGGCACCCGGCGUGGGCGAGUGCCGGCCCCACCCCCCGGUCGCCAGAGCGUGCACCGCCCCCCACGUGGAGCCGGGGCCGCUCGACGCCGACCCCCGUGCGGCGUCGCACCUCAACAGCGGCAGGGGGCUCCACCGAGCGAGCGGACACGCGCCACUUAACCCGCCCGCCAGUCCCCAAGGCGGGGGGACCGGCGGCGGCAGCCGCUCGCCGCCCCCUUACGAGGCUCGCCGCCGCGCGGCCAGUUCGCACAGUUCACCUCAGCCGGCCCAGCGGCCCCCUCCGCAGCACGCAGGGCCUCAGGCCUCGGUGGCGGAGAGCCCGAUGGCGCCCCAGAGCCCCGAGUGGCAGGACUGGCAGAGGGACCGCUGGCAGAUCUGGCAGCUGCUGUCCUCGGACAGUGCUGACGCGCUGCCCGAGACGCUGGUGUGACCUCUAACUCGCGGACUUGAUCUCAGCAGAGAUUACCAUGGCGGGACCCUCCCUCCCAUUUCAUCCUUUUUCCCGCCACGCCUCCGUGCUUCGCCCCGCACCCCCGGCGCCGUGGCGUUGUCGUUUACGUGUGCAGCUGCUGCCUUAUACAGACUUUUACAUCCAAGAGCCACUAGUAUUUCUUGUUUUUAUGGAUGCUGCCUCUGUUCCUUCUUUGCCCGUUGUGUUGCGAUUUGAUGGCCGCCAAAUAUACCUCAAAAGAACUCUGUUCUCAACGCCUCAGACUGUCACCACGCCCUUAUUUUCUAUUCACAGCAACUUCAGUCUUCAUAUCUCCAUAGAGAAGCAUUUGUUUCUUUAGUUUGUUAUAUUUUCCAUUUAUAAUCUUUAAAACUUUCUUUCAUCGACACUAACACGUACCCAUUAGUAAGCGCUGCUAUGUGUAGAAUGUCUGUGUUUGUACUGGUGUCGCAGUUCAGCCACUCCCGUCCAAAAGAUCAAAUGUUGGAUUACUUUAGCGCCAGAUAACAUUCUGAACACGCAUACACACAUGUGUGUAAAUUUGCCAAUCUGCCAAGAGUAAAUGCCCUUCAACUGACAAUCAAAAUGCUGGUGUUUUCAGACGGCUGAAUUGUCUUUUGUAAUAUUGAAUGUAGAAUAUUUCACUUUGGGCAGAAAUGUUUCAACCUAAUUGUAAAGUACUUGGCUGUAUGUUUGCUUUAAUGUGCUUUUGCCACAAGCUGCACUGCAGGUACAUUGUGCCAAAAUUGUGCCAAAGUCUCUUAUUUUCAGGAUAUUUAUCAUACAGUUGUCAUUUCAUACAAUUGUUCAUUUGGGGAAAAAAAAGAAAAAACCUUCAGUGGAAGAGUCACGAAGGCUCAUUUUUUAAGACAGUAUUUUGAACUAUUUUUGAGUGAAAAUGAAGAGAAGCCCUUUUAGUUAUUGUUUACUACAAUGUAGUGUAUAAAGAAGAACCAAUGUUAGGUCAUUUGCCAAAUAGUCAUUUUAAAUAAAUCCUUUCUGAAAGGCCAGGAGUACGAAAGAAUUUAGAGAAUCUGAAACUUUCAGGUGUCUAAAUGCAUCUUCUAUCGAGUAAUACAAUGUUUUAUCAAAAAAUGCAACUCUACAGAAAACUCCGUCCAUCUGAGCCCUGUUCCUCAUACGUGGUUCAACUAAGUCGAUCAAAUGUGCCAUUAUCCAGCUCAAAUUAACGUGAUGAUUGAUGUCAGGCUCUCGGUUGCUCAAAGGCUGAUCCGGGCUCAAACUGUCUGGUUAGUUUGAACCAGAUGUCAUCAGGACAAAUCGCACGUCACCGAAAUCAGGAUUUUUUAACAGUCCAGCGGCAAAUAAACUCAAAGGAAGAGUGUCCUUUUUCUCCGCUGACGAGCAGGAGAUGAUCAUGAACAAAUAUAAGGAGAUAAUGUGUAUUUCAAUCAUUUCUGUCGGAUGAAUUGAAAGUAUUGUGCAUUGUUUAUAACAAUAAGUAUAAAAAGCCCAAAGAGUCUAAUUGAUACGAAUGAAUAGUUAUGAGUAUACAUGUACUGUAUCAUCUUGUGUAUCAUAUGUAUGUGUGUGUGAAUCCGUGUCUGGGCCAAUCAGUAUAUAUCUAUUGUUCAUAAUCAGACAUUUGAUCAAUUGAAGCAGUGCAAUGUGGAACAUCCAGCGCCAAAUAAACAAACAAAACUUUACGAAAAGCACGACAUGCAGCGGCUUUCCAGAUGUUCUCGGCAUCGCAGCACUGUACAAACAUCAAGUGUGUGUGACAUGAGAGUGUGUGAGACUGGAUUCACCACGUGACGUAACGAGAAGAUCUUGUUGUAAUGACGUGAUUCCUCGUCUUCAGCAUCGACGGCGCUCGGACCGGACGUCGUCGUGAUGUCUUAACGGGUCUUUGUGAUCUCGGCGAACUCCCCUAUAAAGCGCUGAACUGAUAUCGCUCCUUCGUCGACGAGGAAGGAGUGGAUGACUGAUCCAGCUGGUUCAAAUGAACCGGCGCCGGAGCGAGCUUUUCGAUGUGUCGCUAUGGCGAUUUAGCCAAACCCGCUUCGGGGGAACCGAAAAAGCCUGAUCCACGUCAUCUCAUCCUGAAAAGGAUCUGGCUAACUCACUCAGCCACGUACGAGGAACGGGGCCCUGGUUUUCACGGAUUCAGAAGUAUUUCAACGUAUUAUUUGACCUACAUGUGGUCACAAACUACAUUUCCCCAAAUCAGUGUAAAUACUUUGGGUUAAUAAGCAAUGUGAUGUCAACAGUACGACAUGCACAUGAAGGGCUCUCUGACUGAUCGGUCUACGCUCUCAUUCUGGACUGAAUGUUUUAGCCUGUCUCAAAAAAAUUCUAAAAGAUUUAAUGACUCUGCAGUGGUCCAACUAGUUUGCUAAUAAAAACAAGACAAAGUUUCUCUUCUCCACUGCAAUUCUAGUAUUGUUGCCAAAUCAAACCGUAUUUCAACACACCCGACCAGUCCAAAUCCUCUCAAAUGUCAGUCAAGUGGGUAUUUGCUGGACAAAUAUUUCACGUUUUCUCAAGCUCUGGUGUAAUAUUUGCAGCCACGUCAGCAUUGUGUGGAGCUUGAUGGCUUUGCAAUGCGGUCACUGGCGCGAGAGCUUCGCGCGCGUGCAAAGAGUGGAAGGAUCGUGGCAAGGCUUUCGGCGCCACCUAGUGUCGGUCCCCGCGUGCUAGCACCGUUUCCAUGGGAUCCCUCUGAAUAAAAGCACCUUCUGUAAAUCUGGGUGGGGAAAAAAACUUGCUGCAGUUCUCUCUCUUAAAAAUGGUCUCUCCGUGCAUUGCUCAAGGUUCAUAUUUUUUUUGUGAAUUUGUUUGUAUUACUUACUGUUUUUGGUUGUGUGUUGUAAUAUAUAAAUUCAGUGUAACAAUUUUUAUUCAAGGAGUAAAAAAGAAAUAAUCCCAACUGUGCUAGCUUGACCAUGAAACUAAGAGAAAUUUAGUGCGAUGGUGUUUUAUUGUGGAUAUUUUCGGUGGUAUUUACUGGGUCCAAGUUGUAAUGGAAUGUCUGGUAAUUGCUUUUGUACCGCGUGUCACCUUCAUUAUGCUACAAUGAAAUUAAAUAUGAUAAAGUUUA